UGUAAGCCACGGUAGGGGGACCGGCAAUGUGUGUACAGAAAGGAGUAACAGCCCUUGUCUUUGGCGUGGAGAUAUCCGCAAUUAUGAGUGUAUGACAUUAAAAGUUAACCAAGAAGACCUUGAGAGUGAGCUAGUGCAGUGUCAGUUGAUUUCCUCUGAAGAACAAAACGUUGAUUUAACUGGGAAAUUCUAAACAGUGAUCAAACACAACCACAACAACCACAAGGUACAAUUUCUCUGAACUGGAUAUCUUCUAAAAUCACGUUAAAACAUCAUGUCAGAUGACUUGAGUAGCUUGGAUGACUUCAACACCUCAGGACUUAUGUCAAGUAUCAAUUUCAAAAUCAAUAACGUCAAUUUCGAAAACAAUAACAUCAACAUCAGUUUCAUUGAGUCUCAGAGAGAGCAAGUCUUGCCCCUUAAGGCAACGGUCAUCUUGCUGGCCGCUUACGGCAUCCUAUGUGUUAUCAGCAUCUUCGGCAACGCGCUAGUCUGUUACGUGAUCUUCAAGAACAAGCGAUUGCACACAGCCACCAACUUCUUCAUCUCCAAUUUGGCCGUCAGCGACCUCCUGGUGACCUUUAUAAAUGUGCCUUUUAACAUUGCUCGGAGCAUGCUAGAAGACUGGCCCUUUGGGGACGUCCCUUGUUACAUGUUGAACUACUCACUGAUUCUUACCUCCUACGUCUCGACCUACACCUUGACGUCCAUCGCCUUGGAUAGACACCGAGUGGUUCUCAAACCAUUGUCGCGGAGGAUGACUCGAAAGUGCGCGUUAAGCGUGCUUGCUCUCAUUUGGGUGACUGCCAUCUGCCUGUCGCUGCCUUACGGAAUGUACAUGAAGGUUCGAAAGAUAAAAUUUUUCAUCACGAAAGACUUCCACCGGUGCCGUUUCGAGGAGCCGCCUUCCAUGGCUGGGUUUGAAAAAGUGUUAACCGUUUCUACGUUCGGGCUUCAGUAUUGCCUACCGUUCACAUUAAUAGCUGUUGCCUACGGACGGAUCGUGCAAAGCCUCUGGGCGAGGACGCAGGUAGGCGCGGUGACGGCUAACCAGCAGCUCUCUCAGGCCAGGGCUAAGAGAAAGAGCAUCAAGCUUCUCAUCGCUGUCGUGGUCGUUUUCGCCAUUUGUUGGUUGCCGCUGAACAUGUACCAUUUACUGACAGACCUUCACCCCCAGCCGGAGACGUUCCAGUACAACACCCUUGUCUUCUUUACCUGCCACUGGAUCGCAAUCAGCAGCACGUGCUACAACCCUUUUGUCUACUGCUGGUUGAACGAGCACUUCAGGGAAGAAGUCAAGGCCAGGUUCAGCUGCUUCUACUUCUUCUUCGCCAAGCUGAGCUACCUGAAAAACGAGGGCAGCCUCCUCAAGGGGCAGACCAAGUCUGAGGGUAAGCUCAUCCCAAGCAGCGCCACGCCAUCUUCCUGCAACAACCGCAGUAUCAGGCGGGACCCCACGACCUCUGGCACAGACAUGAGAGACCAGGUGGAUCUGAACGCAGUCCUAAAACUUAGGCCUGAGGAUGUGAAAAAGAUGCGCACCAUCGAUAUAGUGGAGAACAUGGAUGAUGAGGACCAGGAAACAGAUUACACGGAAGAGGCCGCACAGGGGCUGAUUGUAAAUUUGGAUGUUAACGGUGGAAGUAGUGUGUCCUAUAAGAAUGGAAAUAAAAACACAUGAAGAGACUUUUGAACUUUCCACCCUGUAUAUAUCCAAGAUAUGUUUUCAAAUGUGUUAUCAAACAAAUAGACUUCAAAGACAAUGUUCUGAAAGAGUUAUUUAUAUAGUUUCGAGUUUCUAUUUUGUACAGUUACUCAUCAUAAUCCAAGAGAGGACCAUGAAACGCGGCAAUAGCUGAAAUGAGAAUAAAUGUUGUUUAUUUGUCUUCUACUUAGUACUUUGUCUACUAAAGAGAUAGAUUGGUUGGAGAUAUCAUGAAUAAAUGUGAGAAGUUUAACCUUAAAAAUGAACGUGCUUCAUUAAUAAGAUUUUGUUUUUGAUCGGAUUUCGAUUAAUAUUGAGGCUGCUGACCUUAGGUCCAAGAUGGAUAGCUGGAUUAACCUUGACCCGAACUUUAUUAAUUUGUUUUUAUUUUUAAAAAAUCUUGCUGCUUUAUUUUCAAAACUACAGGAAGCUUCAGAUCGGAAGCGCAAAGAGUUAAUUUAAAUCUGCCAAUUCUGUUUAUUUCUUGUAAUACUUUGUUGUUGUUGUUGAGCUAUUUGGAAGAGUUUCAGUUACAGUGUUUUAGUUCUUUUUCAUGUUUUGUUUUCUGAUUCUAUUUUAUUGAAUCCUAUCAGUGGAAGUAGGUCACGUUUCGUGACAUUACUGCAACUAGAACAACUCAUCAGAAGCUGUUUGGAAAAAGUCUUCAAAACUGGAUAAUUGGAACGGCUUGAUGUUGGCUGAAGUGUAGUACCAGGUAGAAUAAGUUAUUUAUCAUAGUGUAUCGUCUGAUUUAUUAUUUCUAAGCUUUUGUUUUUUAAAUUGUCCACAUACAUACUUACAUACAAUAUAUACAAUAUAUAAUGUGUACACACACACACACACACACACACACACACAC